AUGGCGGGCCCGCGCGAGCUCUCGGUGCAGGACCUCAACGAUCUGCUCUCGGACGGCAGCGGCUGCUACAGCCUCCCGAGCCAGCCCUGCAACGAGGUCACCCCAAGGAUCUACGUGGGCAACGCGUCUGUGGCUCAAGACAUCCCCAAGCUGCAGAAACUGGGCAUCACCCACGUCCUGAACGCUGCUGAGGGCAGGUCCUUCAUGCAUGUCAACACCAAUGCCAACUUCUACAAGGACUCCGGCAUCACCUACUUGGGCAUCAAGGCCAACGACACACAGGAGUUCAACCUCGGCGCCUUCUUUGAAAAGGCCGCAGACUUCAUUGACCAGGCCCUGGCUCAAAAGAAUGGCCGAGUGCUUGUCCACUGCCGGGAAGGUUACAGCCGCUCCCCGACUCUACUCAUCGCGUACCUCAUGAUGCGUCAGAAGAUGGACGUCAAGUCUGCUCUGAGCAUCGUGAGGCAGAACCGUGAGAUUGGCCCCAACGAUGGUUUCCUGGCCCAACUCUGCCAUCUCAAUGACAGACUUGUCAAGGAGGGGAAAUUGUAA